AUGAAUGAGGCUACUGGUCUGACAAACUCCUCUGAAAAUAAUGGAAUCACUUACCAACAGUAUGGAAAGACUCACUGUAUUUACGUUUUCAAUUUGACAAACAGUGGGGAUGAUAAUAGUGGGACUUUUGACCUAAUAAAAAAUGGGACUACAGCCAUAAACAUCAAAUUCAGUCAGCCAGUUCCAGAGGGUGGAGUCAUGCUAGUUGUUAUGGGCGAGGCGGACUCCCUUAUAAUGCUAGAUAAAAACCGGACAAUAGCAAGCGACACUACCAUUUGAAUAAAUGAAAGGAAUUUUAGUAACUUUAUUUUUACUUCGGAUAUUUACUCCGUGUGUUGGACUAACUAAAGAAGCUAUGGAAGAAUUACAAGAGAUUCCUGAGUAUGCGGAGUAUCUAAAUAAAAUGGGAUAUCCUAAGAAAAAUGUCACACUGCCAAGAGUAUCAGCCCCUUCACCAAACUUUGCCACAUUUCCUUUUGAAAACCUUCCCUCGCUCUGUAAUGAAACCCCCAGG